AUGGUGGCUAGCGCUGUCUUUAUCCUCGACCUCAAGGGCAAGGUGCUCAUAUCCCGUAAUUAUCGUGGCGACAUCCCUAUGGCAGCCAUCGACAUGUUUAUGCCACUUCUACUGGAAUCUGAAGAGGACGAACAGACUCCAACGCCAAUUAUAUCCACUGAUGAUGGUGUCAAUUUCUUAUAUAUCCGUCAUAACAAUCUAUAUCUCGUGGCCAUCACAAAAAAGAACUCAAAUGCUGCUACCAUAUUAAUAUUCCUACACAAACUAUGUGAAGUCUUUACGGAAUACUUUAAAGAACUAGAAGAGGAAUCAAUCAGAGAUAACUUUGUCAUCAUUUACGAACUGCUGGAUGAAAUGAUGGAUUUCGGAUAUCCACAAACUACAGACACCAAGAUAUUACAAGAGUACAUUACACAAGAAUCACAUAAAUUGGAAUCACAAGCACGUCCACCCAUGGCAGUCACAAAUGCUGUGUCUUGGAGAUCUGAAGGAAUCAAGUAUAGAAAGAAUGAAGUCUUUUUGGAUGUGGUCGAAAGUGUUAAUUUGUUGGUCAAUGCUAAUGGAAAUGUCUUACGAAGUGAAAUCUUGGGUGCCAUCAAAAUGAAGGCGUACUUGAGUGGUAUGCCUGAUGUUCGAUUGGGAUUGAAUGAUAAAGUUCUCUUUGAGAAUACUGGACGAACACCAUCAAAAGGAAAAGCUAUAGAAAUGGAAGAUGUCAAAUUCCAUCAAUGUGUACGAUUGUCUAGAUUUGAAAAUGAUCGCACUAUCUCGUUUAUACCACCUGAUGGUGAAUUCGAACUCAUGUCAUAUCGAUUGAACACUCAAGUCAAGCCAUUGAUUUGGUGUGAAGCUGUUAUUGAAAGUCAUUCGGGAUCUCGAAUUGAGUAUAUGAUCAAGGCCAAGGGUCAGUUUAAGAGACGAUCCACUGCUAACAAUGUAGAAAUCAUCAUUCCAGUGCCCGAAGAUGCUGAUUCGCCUAAAUUCAAGGCAACAUUUGGUGUUGUACAAUAUGCUCCAGAAAAGAAUGCUGUGAUAUGGAAGAUUAAGCAAUUCCAAGGUGGCAAAGAGUUCAUGAUGAGAGCACACUUUGGUUUACCGAGUGUCAAGAAUGAGGAUCCGGAUAAGAGACCUCCAAUUUCAGUCAAGUUUGAAAUCCCGUACUUUACCACAUCUGGAAUUCAAGUCAGGUACUUGAAGGUUGUUGAUAAAAGUGGAUAUCAAGCAUUCCCUUGGCCAAACACCAUGCUCAUGAAGUCCCUUUCGUCCAUCUAG